AUUGCAUAGUAUCAUAAUAGUUAUGUCAAGGAAUCGGAAGUCAUCGAAUUGUUGUUUGUUUUCAUUGUAUUUUGCAAGUUAUCGAGGACGCUGAAACAAGUUAUCAGUCGAGUCCAGUUUCGGAUCGACCAUUUUGUUCCAGCAGAUGACGCAUAGUGUCUGUGUUGGGAAGUGUCGCAUGUUGGCUGCGUAGCUCCUCGAAUUUAUAAGAAAAAUGAAGGUAAAAAAGGCUGCUAAAGUAGCAGCGACCUUAGAAUCUGAACCUGAAAGUGACAGCUCCGACGAUGAAUUACGGGAAGCUUUUGCACAAGGUAUACUAAAGCCUGGUUUGAACAAAGUGAUCGAAGAUACAAAUAGAAAAUUAAAAAAUUCCGUGAACCUAAUGAAACAGAAACUAGACGCGAUUAAAUUACGUUUGCCAUGGAUAGAGAGAUUAGACAUGAUAAAUGUACUGGCACCGUUGGCUCCAGAGCUAGCAAAGCAAAUGCAAGAACAGGAGCUCAGGCGUUCGAACGAGCUGAAGGGGAACAAGAAGUUACCUCAGUACGAUCCUGCUGAGGAUCCUGUCUUGAAUGACUUCAGGAGGGAAACAAUGUUUCACAGACAGGCACAGGGUGCUGUCAUGGAGGGUGUUACAAGGUUGAAGAAGCUUGGUCUGCCGAUAAUCAGGCCAGAUGACUAUUUUGCUGAAAUGGCAAAGACAGACGCACACAUGCACAAGGUCAGGGAGAACCUGAUGAGGAAACAAAUGAUAACCCAGAGAUCGGAGAAGGUCAGACAGCUGAGGCAGCAGAGAAAGGUGGCCAAGCAAAUGCACGUCGAGGCGACCCUGAAGAAGCACGCGGAGAAGAGGAAAAUGUUGGAGGAAGUGAAAAAGUAUCGCAAGGGUGUCAGGCAGGACCUCGACUUCUUGGACGACAAGAAGAAGCCUCAGCGCAAGAUGGACCACCACGCUCUAGCCAAACGAAAGCAGAAGGACUCGAAAUACGGUUUCGGUGGCAAGAAGCGUGGCACCAAAAAAAACACGAGGACGAGUUCCAUGGACGUGUCGGAGUACAAAAGGCCGCCGAAACCGGGCAAAGAUUUCAAACGUAAGGGGGGGAAGCCGAAUCAGAGAUUGGGCAAACAACGCAGGGUUCAGAUGAAGGCGAAAAAGAGGCGGCAGUAGAUCUUAAGAUAAACUAAGUCCACCUGUACACACUUGUUUCUAUGACUGACUCGAGCAUUUUUAAUAAAAUCGUUACUCCAGCGAAUCAA